CCGGGUCUGUCAUGUGACCGGGGUCCUUGGUUCUCGGGGAUGGAGGCGGAAGAGGGGACGCCGCUGUGGCGGCUGCAGAAGCUGCCUCCGGAGCGGGGCGCCCCGCUGCUUCACAAAAUAAUUGACGGCAUGUGUGGCCGAGCCUAUCCUGCCCACCAGGAUUAUCACAGUGUUUGGGAUUCAACCGAAUGGAAGCAUGUUCUGGAAGAUGUUACCGUGUUUUUCAAAGCUGUCGUGGGCAAAAACUUCUCAGAUGAAGAGACACUCCAGCAAUUGAACCAACUGAAUUCAUGUCAUCAAGAAGCUGUUAUGAAAUGCUUGAAGAGUAGGAAAAAUGAGAUCAAACAAACCCUGUUAGGAGAAAUCGUUGAUAUUUCUUGUGCGCAGCUACAGGAUUUUGAUUGGCAGUUAAAGCUCGCGCUUUCGAGUGACAAGAUCGCCACUUUACAGAUGCCGCUUUUAAACCUUCAUCUGGAUGUGAAGGAAAACAGUGAAGUGAAACCACACUCCAUUGAAAUGAGUAAAGAGGAGCUACAGAAUCUAAUCACUUCCUUGGAGGCAGCUAAUAAGGUGGUCCUGCAGUUAAAGUAACUGGAGAUGGUGACUCUCAACACGGCCAGAUGUCACUGCUGCACCGUGGCAGAGCCGGUGCUGCGUCCAGAGGGUGGAUGCUGCAGCAGGCUGAACCGGAAGCAAUGCGGAGAUGACAGAGAUGAAAAUCUGUCAGCAACCCUAAAAGAACAGAAAAUUGUAUGGCUGAUAGGAAAUGCAUAGAAUGAAAGAUGAAAAAGCUGAAGUCGCAGUUUGUGUUUUCGCAAUGAUUGUUUUGUCUCGUUUAUUAAGUAGUUGAGAAAUCUAUAGAUAACGCCUUAUUGAAAGGUCAAAAUAAGUUCUAGAGUAAUGUAAACACACAAAGCACAGACAUACAGGACUGUUGCUUGAAUGCGAGUAGCAAGCCAUGUAUUAUGAGUAUAUAAUUUGUGAUAUUGGAAAAUAAUGCUUUAAAGCCUAUAUAAGCUGCAUAUGUAACUCCGGAGGUUGCAUGUCUUUUCCUGUUGCAAAGAAAAGAUUUUAAGUUGUCAAGUCUGUUAUCAGACAUGAACAAGAAAAUAUUUAAAAUUUGUGUGAAUAAUUUGAGAUUUAUGAAUUUUAUGAACUAAAACAUAAACUACAAAAAAUGAAAAUAACAUUAUUAUUUCUGCAUAUCCCCACCUCCUCGGGAGACUAUGGUCUGAGAAAAAGAGAAAAAGAGAAAGCUGUCAUUGAUGGCGUGGUGUACAUAUUAUUAUUCACAUGCAAAUUUGUUUUUAUACAUACUUAAUAUGGAAUUUGAGCUUUUGGAUGGUAACAAAUUAAUUGUAAUACAAGCCAUUUUUCAUCUCAGCCAACUUUACAAAUAAGCAUUCUGAACAAAUAAAAGUGUCUGGUUUUAUCUCUG